GGUUGGUAGUGGCACCACUGGUCAUUUGCAAAAACACCAACUUCACUGUAAUCGGCGAUGUUUGCAAUAAGAAUUUACACCCCGAUAUGAAACAGCACAUUUGAUAUCCAAUAGACCUCUUUACCAUAUUUUAUGGUUUAAUUUUUAUCGUCAAUCGAUUUAAUGAGAAGAUAAAAGAAAUUAGUUGCAUAUUUUAUCGAAACGACAAUUAACGAUUGCAAAUCGUAGCUCAACAAUAAAUAAAAUCGUGGAGAACAAUUGUCAUUUGCAUAGCUAUCGAUUUGAAGACAGCGAGUUUGGCAAAUCCAUUGCGAGAGGUUACGGUGCAACGAAAAGAAUCGCCUUACAAACAGAAAAUUGCCAACUCAAUUUCGUUCGCACUGACAUCAAAUCAAAUCGGUCACGCAAUGCAAGUAAAAGUAAGCACACUGCGAACAUUGAAAAUGGACGCAAUGAAAGCUGAUCGCCUGCACAGAACGAAGCGUCAGCAAAAACGUAAAAAUUACGUUAAAUACCUCUUGAAAAUCAUUCAUUUGAAUGAUGAUUGUUUGGAACGGAUAUUUUUCCAAUUGGAUCUGAUAGAAUUGGCAAAAGUGGCCGAUGCCAACACGCGACUGGCUGCCGUGGCCACCGAUGUAUUCGCUCAGAAAUAUCAGCAGCAAGAAAUUCAAAUCAGAAGCUGCCAAGACACAAAGUUAUGCGGAAACAAAGAAGAGCUCAACUACGGGCGAAUGCCAUUCGAAGAAGUGCGCAUGAUCCUCGAGCAUUUUGGCAAGCAUAUUAUAAAAUUGGACAUCGAUUUUGGCCCAUUCAGUUCAUCACAUCGGGCGCAGCGAAUUGUUGAUAAGGUCAGUGAAUUCUGCAGCAGUACAUUGUUGGAAUUGAAGUUGGGAAUGCUUCGGGAUGGGAUGCGAUUUCGGCAGCCAUUCAUCAAAUUGGAAAAAUUGGUAUUUUAUCAGAGUUUUUUCCGUUUUCAUGAACCAAUCAAAGAAAUAAGUACAUCGUUCCCAAAUAUUCGUUGCAUCGAGCUUCAAAACAUUCGCUAUGCAUUUAAAAGUAUUCGAUUGGAACAACGGCUACCAACAUUGCAGCACAUUGGCUACUACACACACCCAUAUGUCCAAUUUUCUGCGGAAGAUUUGCAAUCGAUUCACCGCAUAGCUCAAUUGAAUCCACAGCUCAGAAGCUUGGGCACGUAUUUGGGUGCGAUCGAAAUGUCAAAAAUAGGUCCAGAGAGUAUGUCAAUGGAACCGAUGCCGAGCAUUGACACAAUCGAAGCGGUUUGUUCCUACCCAAUGGCGAAUGGGCCGUUUCAUUUUGCCAAUAUCAAGCACCUAAAACUCAAUGGAUCGGAAACCUUGGAUCGUGGAUGGUUCGAAAUCGGCAAUCAAAUUGAACAAUUGGAUUUGUUAGCCUGCCCAAUAGACGAGAACAUUGCGAAUUUCAUCGUGAGCUGUCGGAAUUUGAAGAAGUUGAAAAUUGUCACCAACGAAGACUUUGAUAUGGAACACGUAAAGCAUAUCGCCAAAAACCUACCGUCACUCAACGAGGUACAUUUUUCAGUGUACAAACACAAUAAAGAGCUCAAACAUUCUACAGCCCUGACAGCGGUGGUUGAAUUCAUGCAGCAUUGCAAACAAUUGGCCAGAGCUAGUGCUGCACAUGAUAUCGACGAUGGGAAGCAGUGUCGUUCGCGAUACAAACACAGCACCUACAUUAAAUCAAAGCCAAUCAUCAAAUUGUAUCGCGACACAAUCGACCGAAGUGUACCGCAAUCAUCACAAUGGCGCAUCAAUCAUCAACUGAAACCGGUUGAACUUAUUAAAGGUUUUGAAGGCUAUCACAGGUAUUUAUUUUUCCAGGCUAAAUUCGAAAAACGACGUCAGUCCAACGCUUGAACAACAGAAAAUUCGUUUACACUCGCAAUAAUAUUGAUUUGCAAAUAUUUUUAUGAGAAUUUAUCAACUACAGAAAAGAGACAAAAAAGAAGAAAAAAAUGUCGAUAAAAAAGGAAAAGAUGCCAAAAAAAAAUUGCCAUAAAUAUCAAUUGUAUGAUUACUACAAAUUAGUUGAAUUGUAUUCAAUUGAAAAUGUUCGAUUGGAACAAAAAAAUAUUACUUUUCAAACACUUUAUGGGAACAUUGAAUUAAAAGCAUACAAAUAUUGUGUAUACAAAA